GUCUUCUUCUCGUCCAUCCAUUCAUCCAUCGCUCAAACACCACAAUGCACCCCCUCCUCCUUCUAUGCCUCCUCGCCCCCGCCUUCGCGCAGAGCACCGUGACGAUCGGGCAGGCGACGGUCGUGAUCCCCGAGUCUGAAGCGACGAUGCAGGUCACGACGGUCGCGACGGGCGACAUCCCCGCGCCGUCUGGUGCGACGGGCGCGACGGGUGCGACGGGUGCGACGGGUGUGGAGACGCUGUCGUUCGGCAGCGGGAUUGCGGAUUCGGGGCCGGCGAGUGUGGGCGUGUCGGGGUCGGGCGUGUCGGGCAGGACGAGCGUGGCGGCGUCGAGCGCGGUGAGCGUGUCCAGCAGCGCGAGUGCGUCCAGUGCAAUUAGUUCGAGCGCGACUAGCGUUGCGUCCGCGAGCACCAGCGCCAGCGCCAGUGCCAGCGCCAGUGCCAGUGCCAGUGCACCCAGCGCCUCCAGCAACGCCGCCGCGCCGCGCAAGGGCUGUAUCGGUGCGCUCGUCGGCGCCGGCGUCGUGGGACUACUACUCUAAUUGUAUGCAUGCUCCUACAUGCGACAGGACUAGCAUCUAUGACAUCUAGAACAGAAGGGCACCCACAACACCAGCCAUCACGGCAGCGCCGCCGACAGCCGC